AAUGUUUCUUAAGUUUACUGGACUCUGCGCUAUUUGGGGAAUGAUUGCCCUUUCUGCGGCCUACGAAAUAACACCGAAUGUGAUUGAUGGUGAAUUGAAAACGUGUUCCUGGUUUCCUCAAUAUAACCACUGCUCCUUUCGUCAAGAUCGGAGCAGGCUAUUAUUUUGUUGAAAGUGCCAAUAAAAAAAACUGGUUUGAUGCCUACGAAUCUUGUCGAAGAAUGGAAGCAGACUUAAUAACGUUUGACAGCUUAGUGGAAAUGAAUCAGAUUACAGAGUACCUGAUAGACACGAUUGUUGCUCAAAAUCUAUCGCUUUUCUGGUCUUCCGGUACUGACUUUGCAGAGCAGGAUAAACAUGUGUGGUUUUCGAAUGGACAACUCAUAUCUUCGGAACUUUGGCUGCCCGGAGAGCCAAAUAAUCUUCACAAUGAAGAGCACUGCGAUAAUUUAAAGAUCAAUAACGGAUUGGGAGGACUGAAUGAUGACCGCUGCGAGGAACUUCACUACUCCAUUUGCGAGGCACCACAGCCAAAGACAGCUUCCUUUAUUAUUUGGUAGUUUAUAAAAAAUGUAUAGUAAUUGAAAAAUAUUUUUUUCAAUAUUUUAAACACAUCGAAACCUAUAUUAAAUCUGGCUUUAUAUGGACUGGUCGACAAUUAAUUGGAAUUCUAACAAUUGUUGCCAACAAUAAUAUAUUUUGUUUCCGUGAAAAAAGCAAUACAUCUUGAAAUAAACUGAGAGCAAUUGGAA